AUGGCCGCCCGUUCACGCACGUCCAAACACAAGUCGGGGGAAGCCCAGCCGCAGGCACAAAGUCGCACGGCACUGGCACUUGGACAACCUCGACGCGCACACAUAUACCCAUUGCACUCGCACUCGCACAGGCAUUGGCUUGAGAGCCUCCUGAAUCGGAUGGAGGGCAAGGGUCGCCAAUCCUCUGCCGGCAAAUUCUUCGGGCGCCGUCACAAGGACAAAGACAAGACGUCCAGCAGCGAUCCGCGCCAGACCAUCUCCUCGACCGAUAGCCCCCCAGGCAGCUCCUAUGGCAGUCAGUCUUCGCGUCACUCGCACCGCCACUCCAUCAGCGCCGCAUCGCUAGAGCGGCCCGUGUCCAUGACUGCCGAGGGCAUCUUCGCGCGCGCUGGCCCCGUGUCGUCGAUUGACCCUCCGCCCGACCAGACCGCCCGCUCCCACGAACCGCUGCCACAUCACCUCAACAAGGGCGGCGGAGACUUUCACCAGUACCCCGUCUUUACCGCCUCCCCAAUGUCCCAAAAUGGCUACAGCAACCCCGGGCCCCCGCGCCCACCACCGCAUUCCGCAGGCACCACCACCAUUGCCUCGAGCCAGCCUGGCGACCGCGGCGUGUCCAUGCAGCAGUGGGGUGCUCGCGAAAGCAGCAGGAAUGGCAACUACUCGUACUAUGCUGGCUCUGACCCUUUUGACAAUGCCCGUCCCUCGUCCGGCCAGGCCAGCGUCUACUCCAACGACUCCAAAUCACGGUCAAGCAAUGCCUUCUACCCCCAGAAUCCCUCCUCUCAAUCCACCUUUUCCUCCCUGGCCCUUGACCCUGGGAGUCUCCUUCCCACCGCCGCUUCCACCCCGCGCGACUCGCACCGCAUUAUGCACUACAACAAUUCACCGUCCUCGUCGACCGCCUCUUUUGGACAGAAUCCAAAUACGCUCAGUAUACAAAGACCACCAGAUCAUAUCGUAGAAAAGGAGUUUAUGAGCCUCAUGGUGAAGCGAGGUUGGAAGAGCUUACCUGAGCAGGCACGGCGGCAGAUGGAAGCCUACAAGAUCGAUAAGAAGUGGACGCUAGUCUACCAGGACAAACUGGCCGAAUACAAGCACGAGGAGAAGAAACGCCAAACGCAACGCAUGACCUAUGGCGGUGUCCAGAAUCCAGACAUCCUUAUGAGGGCUGAAGAGGAGGGAUCGCCCGAGUGGUAUGUCAAAAAGGUCAUGGACAACUCCAUCACCAUAAAACAAAUGUCGAGUCUCGAGAUCAGUCUGCGCACGCAGCCGAUUGCCUGGGUUCGGGGCUUCAUAGAAGCGCAGGGUCAGAUUGCCCUGACCAAUGUGCUGGCCAAGAUCAAUCGCAGAAAGGGUACAGGGCCGGCUCCCCCGCCCAGCGUCAUCGCGCAAAAGGCUGAAAACGAUGUCGACAGAGAAUACGAAAUCAUCAAGUGUCUGAAAGCUUUGAUGAAUAACAAAUAUGGAGCCGAUAAUGCGCUGAACCACCCUUCCAUCAUCCAGGCGCUGUGUGGCUCCCUCAUCUCGAAUCGGCUCAACACUAGGAAACUGGUCUCUGAUGUCUUGACCUUCUUGUGCCAUUGGGGUGAUGGAAAGGGUCACGAAAAGGUGCUACAAGCCCUGGAUAACCUCAAGACGCAGUAUGGCGAGAGCAGUCGAUUCGAUGCUUGGAUGCGGGUCGUCGAGGUGACGACAGAUGGCCGCGGCAAGAUGGGUUCCUUGGUCGGCGCAUCAGAUGAAGUACGGAGUGGUGGCAUCGGCGUGGAGAACCUUCUCAUGGAAUAUGCCAUCGCGACGCUCUUCCUCAUCAAUAUGAUUGUGGACGCCCCGGAGCGCGAUCUCCAGCUCCGGAUGCACAUUCGAGCCCAAUUCACAGCAUGUGGCAUCAAGCGCAUCUUCAGCAAGAUGGAGGGCUUCCAGUACGAUGUCAUUGACAAGCAGAUUGAACGGUACAUGGCCAACGAAGCCAUUGAUUAUGAGGAUUUCCUCGAGAGGGAAAACAGCUCCAUGAUUGACAGUGUGGAAGGAGAGACCAAGGAUCUCAAUGACCCUACCCAAAUUGCAGAUGCCAUCAUGAGCAAAAUCAGUGGCAGUCGAACGCAAGACUACUUUGUGUCGGCCAUGCAACAUCUGCUGCUCAUGCGGGAUACCGAAGGCGAGGAUCGAUUGAGAAUGUUCCAGUUGGUGGACCAGAUGCUGAGCUACGUGGCUAUGGACCGCCGACUGCCAGACAUGGAUCUCAAGCAAAGUUUAAACUUUACCGUACAAUCUUUGCUAGACAAACUGUAUACCGACUCUGAAGCUCGCCAAGUUCGAGAUGAAGCGAUUGAAGCUCGUCAAAUCGCCGACUCGGCCAUUGCAGAGCGAGAUGAGCUGAAAGCGCAGCUCGAGCUGGGUGCAGAUGGCUUGGUCUCCAAGUUGCAGAAACAGCUCGCCGAGCAAGAGCGUAUCAUCGAACUCCGCGGAAGGCAAGUGGAGCAGAUGAAGGCUGAACUUGCUGAGGUACAGCGACUUCGAGCGCAAGAGCUGCAAAGAAACGAGCUGGAAACGCGUGAACUGUACUUGAUGCUUAGAGAUGCCCAAGACGUUGCAGCAUCGGCCGCGAAGAAGUCUGGAAAGGAAGGCCUUGGUACCACAGACCCUGCUCAAAUGCAGGGCAUCAUGGAUCGCGAGCGUCUGAUGAACAGACUCGAAAUCCAGCUGCAAAGAGCAAGGACGCAAGCCACUCUCGAGGGAAAAACACUGAUGUUGCAGCCAAGUGAGAAGCUCAGAGAGCUCAGAGAAAAGAUGGAAGGGGACAUGGGUGGUCUACAAGAACAAAGCUUUGGUAGUCUCGAGCCGAACGCGUUUGGUUCGGUACGAGCCAAGAGUGGAGUACCACGCCGAAAGCCUCUUCCCAGCCUGCCUGGUCAGGUUGGCGAAGACGAGAUCAUGUCGGAUGCGCUCGAAGACGACGAUGAUAUUGUCAUUGAGAAGCCCCGACUGAUUACCAUGCACAAGCCCAAGCUUAGCUCGUCCACACAAAAUGCGUUGCUGGGAGAGAUUACAUCACAUGUUAAGCGAUACGAUGAUUCUGAAGCAGAAGAUACAGGUGAUGGUAUCACCACAGGACCCUCACACCCAAGCCUCGACUCGGAUGCUCCCAAGACGCCUGCCAUCCCUCCUCCACCGCCUCCACCUCCUGGUGCCCUUGGGUUUCCAGCUGAUAUACCGCCUCCCCCGCCUAUGCCCGGAUCUAAUGCUAAUAUUCCACCUCCACCUCCACCACCGCCUCCAGGCAAGCUCGGCUUUGGGCCGCCUGGAAUGCCACCGCCUAUACCAGGCGACGGAAGUAUGCCUCCCCCUCCCCCUCCCCCUCCACCGAUGAUGCCAGGCGGCAAGCGAGGACCAGGUUUCUUACCAAAAGCACCCGGGUUUGGCGCCACAUCUGCUGCACUAUCUGGACCGAGACCCAAGAAGAAGCUCAAGGCCCUUCAUUGGGACAAGGUCGACUCUCCUUCUUCGACCGUAUGGGGUACUCGUGGUAUGACCGCUGAAGAGAAGGAAGAGAAGUACCAAGAGCUCUCCAAGAAGGGUGUCCUUGAGGAGAUUGAGAAGCUGUUCAUGGCCAAGGAAAUCAAGGCAAUUGGCAAGAAGUCGGGCAAGAAAGACGAAAAGAAACAGAUCAUCUCGCGUGAUCUCAUGCACAACUUCCAGAUCAGCAUGGCCAAGUUCUCAUCUUAUUCGGUUGAGGAAGUGGUGCAGAUGAUUAUUCAUUGCGAUUCCAAGAUUCUUGAUGACCUGGUGGUCAUGGAAUUCUUGCAGAAAAGUGACUUCUGCGAUAUCCCAGACAACACUGCAAAACUCAUGGCACCAUACUCCAAGGACUGGACUGGACCUAAUGCUAGCGAGAGUAAGCGUGAGCAAGAUCCAUCGGAGCUUACGCGAGAGGAUCAAAUAUAUCUAUACACUGCAUACGAACUGCAUUCAUACUGGAAGAGCAGGAUGAGGGCACUUGCGCUUACCCGCACAUACGAAGCCGAAUACGACGAGAUAUCUGCCAAGCUACUUGAAGUCUCGCGCGUGUCCGAGAGCCUGCGAGAUUCAUCCAGUCUGAUCAGUGUGCUGGGCCUCAUCCUUGACAUUGGUAACUUCAUGAACGAUGCCAACAAGCAAGCUAGCGGCUUCAAGCUCUCCACUCUUGGCCGCCUCGGUAUGCUAAAGGACGACAAGAACGAAUCCACAUUUGCCGAUAUCGUCGAACGCAUCGUGCGCAACCAGUACUCUGGCUGGGAAGGGUUUACCGAGGAAAUCAGUGGCGUCGUCACUGCCCAGAAGAUCAACGUUGAGCUUCUGAUACAGGACGCAAAGAGGUACAUUGACAACAUCAAGAAUGUCCAAAUGUCCCUUGACGCUGGUAACCUUUCCGACCCCACCAAAUUCCAUCCCGAGGAUAAGGUCAGCAUUAUCGUGCAGAGGAGCAUGAAAGAGGCAAGACGCAGAGCGGAGCAGAUGCAGGUCUAUUUGGAAGAUAUGCAGAAGAGCUAUGAUGACAUCAUGGCCUUCUACGGAGAAGAUCCGACUGACGAAAGCGCAAGACGGGAUUUCUUUGCCAAACUGGCGAAUUUUGUUCAAGAGUGGAAGAAAUCCCGCGAAAAGAACACGGCGCUCGAGGAGCAACACCGCCGCAACGAAAUCUCCAUGCGCCGCAAAGCAUCCCAGCAAAACCUCAAUCCUCUUUCCCCGACCGCCCUCUCCGACUCGGACGCGCCCAAAUCCCCGGCGUCGACGGGCGCAAUGGACGACUUGCUUCAGAAAUUACGGGCCGCGAAACCCGAAGCACGGGAUCAACGCGACCGUCGCCGUCGCGCCCGUCUCAAGGACAAGCACCAAGUCCGCGUCGCCUCUGGGCAAAAGAUCCCGGAACUCGGAAUCAACGUCGACGACCAAGGGGGCAGUGCGGCAAGUGGAGGUUCAGCCGAAGCAGGUGGGGAAGGCGCAGCAGGCAAAGGCAAAGGUAUCUUGUCCCCUGGCUCCUCGGAAGCCGCAGAGUCGGAUGCGAGCGCUAGUGGAGCUGGCGGUGCGAUGACAGCGCCCACAGGCUCCUCAUCGGCGGCCGAGACGGAUAUUGCGGACCGUGCGGCUGCGAUGCUCGAAGGGUUGCAGAGUGGCACUGGGGCCACGCUGAAUAAAGAUGGGUCGUUGAGUGUGCGGCGGAGACGCGAGAAUGCGGAUUCGGAGCGGCAGCGACGGAGAAAUCGAAGACAGGGGGCGGGGAGUAGUGCAAAGACAGAGGAUGGGGGUUUGAUGAGUCCGAGUGCGAUUGUGGAGGAAGGAGGAGGGGAUGGUACUGGUGAUGAAGCCAAGGAUGGGGCUGAGGAAGGGGGAGUCAGUGCUGCUGCUGCUGAUGCGCAAGAUGAAGGCAAACAAACGGAAGACGAUGCAAACCCCGGGACUCCAGUUACAAUCGUCCAUCCGCCCAGUCCAGAGCAAAAAGGAAGGGAAUUGCCCACGCCGCCGCCAGAUGAGGGAUGA